GGGCGUUGACUGUACAGUGAGGAGUUCAAUGAAUCUGGACGCUGUCGGAGUUGUUCUACGUAAAUUUAAGAAAACUGAGUUUCCUACGCUCUUGGAGAGAUGGAGUUUUGCAGAAUAUUUGAGAGAUACUGAUGUUUCUGGCUCUAAACAGAAAACUGUCAAACUUCUCGCUGAAGCUUGUCUGGAAAACAAUAUAGAAGAAGAAGACCUAGCAGAAGCAGAUUUGAUUCAUAGGCAGCUUCAUGUCGACAGUAAGAGAUGGACAGCGUUCAGAAUAAUAAACAAAACUGGCAGUGCUCGAGACGAAGCUCAGCUAAACAUUCCAGAAGUAUUGGAAGAUAAACUGAAUACUCAGCUCUUACAGUUCUACGACAAUUCUGUCUGUGCAGUUUGUUUGAAGGACAGUGUGUGGCUACGUGUUGCCAUUUUGGAAGGUAUGCCAUCAGUUUAUUAUCUCAUCUACCACCCGCACUCUUCACUGCUGCUGGCAACAAACAUCAAACGGAUACACCAGCAGUUUGUUUUUUAUUCGUUUCUUCGAGUUGUUUGCGGUUCAAAGUUGAAAGAGCUGAAGUUGCAAGGGAAACAGGCUCAAUCACUGGCAGAUCUUGUGUUGCAUAGACGGAGCCAGGGAAGGUUUUCAUCUCUUAGAUUUAAUCAGAAAGACAGUGGUGUCCUUGUUCGUCGCAAGAGACGAAAACGACCAAUCCGUGUUGUACACCCAUACAUAGUGAAGGAAGAUGAAGACAUUGAUAAGAAGAGGUCAAAGUUUGUAAAGGAAACUUUUGGUGACAACAGGCUUCCAGUGGUAGACACAGUCAACUUCAAGGUUGAAAGUCGCCUUUUGCCGAAUAACCAUUGUGGCUAUUGUGGUCCAUUGUCGUCCCAUUUUCAGUUCCAAGGCUCCAGUGUAUUGAACGGUAUUCAAGCACUGGUAGAGGAAGGCUUAACGGACACUCCCUUACCACCCUUUCUAUCAGAGCUGCACACAUCAGCACAGAGCUACUUUGUUAUUCGAGAGAAGAAACGUGUAGAAGACACAAGAUGAAGGACAUUUGCAAUGACACUGUUAUGCUGUAAAGUAUUGAUGUUGAAGAAAGAAGUCAGUCGUCUUUAUCCAAAUGACAUUAAGCGGCUCUCUGGGAGUCCCACAUAUACAGUACA